AUGUACGCCCAGCCGCAGCCACGACAACCAGCCAACUUCAUCCCCAGCUACGACCAGCGCCGCCAGUCUCCCGCCCGCGAGCCGAUACCCGCAUCCCGCCCGCCCUCCCAGUACUCCCCGUACCAACAGCCGCCCCGCCAGUCCCAGUACGACGACCUGUCCUACGACGGCGAGGGAGACGGCGAUGCAGACGACUUCUACCAGUCGCAGUCCCAGUAUGAUCAGCCCUAUGCCACCAGGUCCAUUGCCACCCAGUCCGUCCGCGCACCGUCCCCCACACAGACCGCCCCCAUCCUCGAUCACUCCCACCUCCGCCCGGGCAACCAAGCCGCCCUCCUCUCGCACGAACGCACGCUCGAGCUCUACCGCACGAACGCGAAGAAGACGCAGGACCCGGACCUGCAGUUCGAGUUCGCCGUCUUCAUGGUCGACGCCUCCAAGACGAUGCCCAUCCCCGCCGCGACGCCCGGGAACGUCAUGGACGUCGAGAAGGCGAUCGCGAAGCGCGACGACCUCGUGCACGAGGCGACGGGCCUGCUCAAGCGGCUCGCCGACCGCGGGCACAUGCCCGCCCAGUACUUCCUCGCCGACUGCUACGCGAACGGGAUCGGCACGCAUAAGGGCCGCCAGGACUUCGACCGCGCCUUCCCGCUCUUCGUCCUCGCCGCGAAGCACGGCCACCCCGACGCCUCCUACCGCGCCGGCACGUGCUGCGAGAACGGCUGGGGGUGCCGCCGCGAGUCCGCCAAGGCCGUCCAGUUCUACAAGAAGGCUGCUGCGGCGGGACACCCGGGCGCGCUCUACCGUCUCGGGAUUGCGGAGCUCAACGGAGAGCUUGGGCUCUCGAAGAGCCCGAAAGAGGGUGUCAAGUACCUGAAGCGAUCCGCAGAGCACGCGACGGCCGAGUUCCCGCACGCCUUGCACGAGCUCGCGCUGUUGCAUGAGCGCGGUAUCGACAACGUCCUCUUCGUCGACUACGAGUACGCAGCGGAGCUGCUCGCGCAGGCCGCAGAGCUCGGGUACGCGCCAAGUGCGUACCGGUUAGGCGAAUGCUACGAGUACGGCAAGAUGGGCUGCCCACAGGACCCUGCGCUCUCAAUACACUACUACAACAUCGCUGCACAGCAGGGCCAUCGAGAUGCAUGCUUCGCGCUCACUGCAUGGUACCUCGUCGGCUCGCCCGGGGUGCUGCCGCAGUCGGACACGGAGGCGUACCUCUGGGCGCGCAAGGCGGCCGAGGCGGGGCUCGUGAAGGCCAUGUACGCCGUCGGGUACUUCCUCGAGGUCGGAAUCGGCACCGAGCCAGUCAUGCCAGAAGCGAUCCAGUGGUACAGGCGCGCGGCGGAGCAGGGCGACAAGCGUGCCGCACAGCGGCUCAAGGGCCCGCAGAACACGGCGAUCGUCGCGCCCGGCGGGCCCGGGUCGGUGCUGCGUCGGGACGAGAACGGGAGCGAUGCGGCGUCGGGGACGGGUAAAGGCGGGAAGGAUAAGGACUGCGUGAUUAUGUGAGCGCGGUGCAUCUGCGUCUGGGUGGGUCGCGCCGUCUAUGUUUAGACGGGGGGCCCCAGUACUUAUUUGAUUCAGGUGAGGCGGUAGAGAUUGAGUGGUUGUGGUCAGGCGGUUGGUAGGGAGUGUGCACGCGGACAGUUCGAGCAGACACCGAGGACUGACACAUUAUGAGGAUUACAGCUUCUAUUGUAUACGAGCUAAUACAAAGGCUCCGCCGCUGAAGGACACGUUCGUUUCGCGCAACUGCUAGAGAGAGGACAUACCUCUGCACUCCGACAUACCCCUAGUCAGUCAGCGUCCACCGGGUUUGCCAUAGAGCCGGGCACAGUUUGAAAGGGCCAUCGGCGGGAGUGUUGUAGUGUUCGGGAGAGAUGAGGCUGAAGCGGACACGGUCGCCAGUGAUACCAGAACAAGAGAGGUUCAAGUCCUCGAUCACAUCAACAUCGGCAGCGGUCAGCGUGGUCUCGGUGCUAAUGAGGUUGGUCGGAUAGAGUUCAAUGGUGAACGACGCGAGAGCGAGCUCCUGCACGAUCUCAACAACCAGAUCCAGAUUUCGUUGAACAUUUUCUCGAGCAGAAAGAUUAUGCAACUCGAUACCGAAAACGAUAUAGACGUCCUGGAGCCGCGGCGCAAUAGAUCUUGCACGGAGGAGCGCUACGAGCACCCCGCGAUAGCCAUCCAUCGUGAGGUGCGUCCCAUAUCGCGAGUCGAGGGCGAGGGUGAGCCUCAGCGGCGCAAUAUCAGCAAAGAUAAGGGGGAGGUCCUCGACAAUUUCGUCCCGCGAGACGACGACAUGUAGGGCCUCACACUGGCACCGCAGCCCAAGCGUGUAGAGCGCCUCCGCCGAGCCCUGGACUUCCCGCAGACUUCGCCAAAGGCCCGUCUCGUCCUGGGCGAGCUGGUUCUCCGCGCGUUCCUGCGCCCGUGAAUAGGGAGAAUGGCCGUGGGCGAAAUACGCGCGGAGCCGCUGCAAGUGUGGAAAGUAGUGCAUGCCCGUCCCCAGGGACAUCUCGGUCCACGAUACUAGCUGGGAGUCGCUCAGAAUCAGGCUGUGUACUCGGGAGAACGACCGGGAGGAUGGAGGGGGCGGGUCUAUCCAGAUGUGUGCAGCCUCGAACCUCCGCAGCGUCUCCGAAGAAUGGGUCAGGACGGCGGGCAGCACGUCCGAUGUGUACAUGAAGUGGGUUUUCGAGUCCACGCGCAGGGUGUGGAGCUGGGAGCGCAGGUCGCCGAGCAUCCGGUACGUCUCUUUCCCGACGUUGGCGAUCGCGAGGUGUUUGAUGCUCGAGCGCAUCGCAAUCGCGGCGCAGAGGUCGGGGUAACCGUUGAUAUCGUCCAGGUGCAUGCACUCGAUGUUGGCCAUAGCGCGUAUGAGGGCAGCGAUCCGCUCGAUGAGGUCCAGGGUGAUUGAGUCCGCCGGGGACAGAUGAAGAAAUUUGACUAACGAUGUUCGUUCGCCGCUAUGCGACUGAACGAAGGCAGCGUAAGAGACGAAGUGAGCUGGCGUCUGGAGCGGUAUGUCCAUGGCGAGAAGUACCCGUGGGCCUUCGUGGUAGAGAUCGCGGCAAGUGCGCAUCAUCGCGGACACGGUAGCCGCGGAUGUCUCCGCUGCGGCAACCAUAGCAAGGCAUAGUAUGUCGUGGUUCAUUUCUUUCAGCUUGAGAGUUUUGUCUAGUUUAUUCGCCGAUGAGAUUGGACUGAUGAGUGCAUCACGAUGAGAAGACAUCAGUUGUUCGGUGUAACGAAACAACACAGCUGGCAGUGGUAGUGGGGACAAUGAUAGAAGAC